AGAGAACAAAAUGAAGCCUCCGUUUAGACCGAGCUUACUGCUUCUCGCAUUUGUUAGGGUUCCAAUGUUUCCCCUUCUUCUCCUCUGCAAACAUUUCUGAUUCGAUCUUUCUUUUUGAUUGAAGAUCAAACUUCCUAGUUGGUGAACUAGAUUCGUUUUUCUUUUGUUCGUUAAUCCCAUUUAUCUAAAAGUGGUUGCAGUAAUUCUGUUUGAAAAGUUGUUUCUUUUCCCACAUCUGAUAGAAGAUCCAUUUGUGUGCAAUUACUUUUGAUUUGCAAAGGGAAUAAAUCGAAGCUUCCAAUUUGAUCGACAAGCUCCGUGUGUCCUCCGUGUUUCCAUCGAGUAUUGGGGCUUUUUAGUCCAUCACUCCCUUCCGUCAAGCUCUGUAGUAGAAGAUGAUAAAGAGAGAGAAAGGAAACAGAUUGAUAGCAGAGAUGGGGUUGAGUAAAGAUGAGAAAUCGAGAAGGCUUUUGAGAGGUUUGAAAACCUUAUUCGUCUUGGUGACGAUGUUGAUUUCUCUCAUCAUUUUCUCUGCUCCUGUAGUCCUUGUCAUAGCAGAUGCGCUUCUUCCUUCUGCAAUUCUCUCUACUUCACUUCCUCUUUCAUUUGGGACUUUCUCUUCUUAUCUUAGAAGUUACGAUUUCCGUUACUCUCUUAUCGAUAUCCCUCUCAUCUCCAUCGCCCGAUCAGCGGUGAUCAUAUGUUCUUAUUAUUUCUGUGAUGGGCCAAGGCUUUCUCGGGGGCCAUACUUGGGGGUUACAGCUCUGUCUUCGUUGCUGUCUCUGAUCUUUGUUUCGUUUAAGGCUUCUUAUGUCUUUGAUGGAUCAAGUAGCAGUGGAAGUGAUGGAGAAGGUUAUCACAGAGUAAUGGUAAUGGCGCUGUUCAUUUGCUCUCUGGCUUUGGGGGUUUCUCACGCAGUCGUCGCCUACAGGACUAGUUGCAGGGAAAGAAGAAAAAUGCUUGUUUACAAAAUUGACAUUGAAGCGAUUACUGCUUGCAACAAAGGAUUCCCAGUGUACCAAAAAAUCCGACCAGACGAAAGUGAAGUAAAGCUGCGAAUCGGUGUUGGGUUAGGGAAGAUGCUUCCCUAGCUUCAAAUCAUUCGAAGAAAAUUGGAUGGUGGAUGCAAGAGACAAAGAGUCCGGCCGCCACCCAGAAUGCUUAUACUACAUAUACCAGUUUGUAUUAUAGUGUUGAGCAAUCUGUAUGUGUAUAUUUUAUAUAUAUGUAUAGUUCAUACCAAAAAAUGCAAAGCAUUAAUUUGGUCUUGAACUUUAAAAUCUACCAAUAGUGUACCUUAAUUUACAUGAUCAUGCUCAGCAAUCAACUCACUUAAGCCAA